GUCUGCAGCAGUUUUUUGCAGAAUUUUAAUUUUUUCAAUUUUGGGCAGGUAUAAAAAAAGGAAAAGCUUUAGUUUGAAGCAUGCCUCUUUUCGAUACCGUGCUACAAGAAAAACCAGCAAUAGUUCUGGAGUUGGGAUACGCAUUUACCAAAUUAGGAUUUGCUGGGGAACCGCAUCCACGCAGUAUCAUUCCAUCAGAUUUGUUGGAUCAUAAAGCAAAAAGCAACGGCCAGACGACACCAAACAAAAAGCUGUUCGACUAUGCUAACGAAACAGACCUGUAUGAUCAGUUGGUAGAAUUUCUGAAAAUAAUUUUCUUCAAGUAUGUUCUGGUCAGUCCGAAAGAACGUAAGAUUGUUAUCGUUGAAUCAGUGCUCUGCCCGACACAAAUUCGAGAAAAUCUUGCGAAAGCAUUGUUCUGUCAUUUCGACGUGUCGUCGAUUUUCUACGUCCCGAUACACCUAGUGGUUUUGGCUACGUUGGCAGUAGACACAGCUCUGGUAGUAGAUAUUGGAUAUAAAGAAGCUGUUGUAGUGCCAGUGUAUAGUGGAGUUCAAGCUCUUUUUGCCUGGGAAGCGCAACCCCUGGCAGCUGAAGCUGUUCACGAGCGCAUCAAAGGCGACCUCAUACUAAAUGGAGCUGACGACCAAUUGCUUACCGACUACAUAAUUGAAGAUAUUAAGGUACGGACCUGUUUUGUAACUACCGUUGACAGAGCAAGAAAGUGGCGCAACGAUGAAAAAUUCCAACCGUGUCCGGAAGUCGACUACCCUAUUAAAGGAGACGAAACGAUCAAAAUUCCUGGUAUAAUUCGGGAAACAGCCUUUGAAGUACUUUUCCCGAAGGACAACGACCAUCUCAAUUUAGCAAAUAUCAUUCUAAACUCUAUUUUGAAAUGUCCAAAAGACAUGCGUAAAGCAUUGGCGGAAAACAUCGUGCUAAUUGGUGGUACAACGAUGGUACUUGGUCUGGCUGCUAGACUGAAGGCAGAAUUGCUAGCAUUGUUGCAAUGCGAUCAGUACAAAGAUAAGUUGUUUUUAAAGACUGUCAAGUUCCACAAACCACCGUCUAAAGCCAAUUUCACCGGUUGGUUGGGUGGUUCUAUAUAUGGAGCAACGGAUUUGGUACUGUCUAAGUCCAUUGCGCGAGAAGCGUACAGCAAAAAUCAGCAACUACCGGACUUUACCAACUACGACGAAACACGGUCCCACGGAAGAGUUUAGCAGCGAAAAUUACGUUAUACCUUUUAGACGAAAUAAAGCGUAGCGAGUUGGAAUAUAUCAGGAAGCCUCCUGCGAUACUUUUUCUCGCUAGUAAUAACUCAUAAAUAACCCACGCAGAUAAACAUUAAAAAGGUUCUUGAUACAACCGAUACAAUUAUCAUUCGAAUUUGUGCUAUGCUUCGAUAGAAUGUUUGCUUAAUUAUUUAUGUAAAAUAUUUAAAACCAUAUAUUGAAUAAAA